GAUGGCCACAGCUGCAGAAAGAAAGUAUAUUAAUAUUAGGAAAAGGUUGGAUCAGUUGGGAUACCGCCAGACUCUGACAGUGGAGUGUUUACCUUUGGUAGAAAAACUUUUCAGUGACCUAGUUCAUACAACAGAAAGUCUUCGGAAAUCAAAAUUAUCUGCUGUGAAAGCUGAAAAAGAAAGUGCCAAUUUUGAUUUUAUUUUGGAACCUUAUAAACUCGAAAAUGCGAGGUUGAUCAGGGAAAAUAAUGAAUUGUACCUGGAAUUAAUGAAACUGAAAGAACAAUCAGACCAACACAUUAAAGAAUUGAAAACUGCAUUGAAGAAGUGUACACGUGAAACAGCUGAUCUCAAAUUUCUAAAUAACCAAUAUGUUCAUAAACUCAAACUUUUGGAGAAAGAGAGCAAAGCUAAGAAUGAAAAAAUUCAACAACUUCAAGAAAAGAAUUUGCAUGCUGUAGUACAAACUCCAGGUGGCAAGAAAAGAAGUAUUGCUUUCAGGCGCCAGCGUAUGCAGAUUGAUGAACCAGUCCCUCCCUCUGAAGUCAGUUCAUAUCCAGUUCCUCAGCCAGAUGACCCUUACAUUGCAGACCUCCUGCAAGUGGCUGAUAAUAGAAUUCAAGAACUUCAACAGGAAGUCCACCAGUUACAAGAAAAAUUAGCGAUGAUGGAAAGUGGACUGAGAGAUUAUAACAAGUGGUCUCAUCCAUUCUCUUGGUUUAACAUAUUGCCUUAGGUUGACUUUCUUCAACAAGCUAAUAAAGACCUGGAGAAGCAAAUACAAGAGCUUAUGGAAACCAAGGAAACAGUGACUACUGAAGUUGUUAAUUUAAGUAACAAAAAUGAAAAACUCUGCCAAGAAUUAACUGAAAUAGACCAGUUAGCACAGCAGUUGGAAAGACAUAAAGAAGAAGUGCUUGAGACUGCUGAUAAAGAACUUGAGGAAGCAAAGAAAGAGAUUAAAAGAAAGCUCUCUGAAAUGCAGAAUCUUGAAGAAACAAUGGCAAAACUUCAACUGGAAUUAAACUUAUGCCAUAAAGAAAAGGAGAGGCUGAAUGAUGAACUCCUUAUAAAAUCAGACCUGGAAACUGUUGUUCAUCAGCUUGAACAAGAAAAGCAAAGACUUUCAAAAAAAAUUGAAAGUUUUGCAGUUACAGAAAGAGAACUUACUUUGGAAGUUGAGAGGAUGAGACUAGAACAUGGAAUAAAACGUCGAGACAGGUCACCUUCUCGUUUAGAUACAUUUCUGAAAGGUAUAGAAGAAGAACGAGAUUUUUAUAAGAAAGAGCUAGAAAGACUCCAACAUGUAAUACAGCGAAGAUCUUGCUCUACAAAUUAUUCUGCACGUGAAAAAAUUCCAAUAUUUAAAACAUUAGAAAAGGGUGAUUACAAUUCAGAAAUUCAUCUGAUCACAAGAGAAAGAGAUGAACUUCAGCGUAUGCUGGAAAGAUUUGAAAAAUAUAUGGAGGAUAUACAGUCCAAUGUUAAAUUAUUGACAGCAGAAAGAGAUAAACUAAGUGUCUUAUAUAAUGAAGCUCAGGAAGAAUUAUCUGCACUAAGACAAGAAUCCACCCAAUCCACAGUCUCCCAUAAUAUUGUUAGUCUCAUGGAAAAGGAAAAAGAACGUGCAUUAUCUGAUUUAAGAAGGAUUAUGGCAGAAAAGGAAGCUUUCAAAGAAAAGUUAAAAAAUCUCCGAGAAAUGAAUCUUUUUAGAACAUCAGAAUUAGAGAAAACUAUUGAACAUUUGACAUGUGUUAAUCACCAGCUUGAAAGUGAAAAAUGUGAAUUAAAGUCUAAAAUGUUAAUAAUGGAAGAAACAAUAGAGUCAUUAGAGAACAAAGCAAUACUCCAAGCUCAAAAACUUAGCCAUGUGGCUGGUGACUCAUCUCAUCAGAAAACAGAAUUGAACUCACUUAGGAUAGUAAAUGAGCAGCUACAGCAGUCAGUUGAUGAUUAUCAGCACCGACUUUCCAUAAAAAGAGAUGAACUUGAAUCGGCCGAAGCGCAAAUUAAAAUACUGGAGGAAAAAAUAGGUAAACUACACCUUAAGAUGACUUCACAGGAUGAAGAGGCUCAUGUAAUGAAGAAGACCAUUGGUGUUAUUGAUAAAGAAAAAGACUUUCUUCAGGAGACUGUAGAUGAGAAGACGGAAAAGAUUGCAAACUUGCAAGAAAACCUAGCUAAUAAAGAAAAAGCUAUUGCUCAGAUGAAGAUAACAGUCUCAGAGUAUGAAUCUUCUAUGAGCCAGCUAAAGGAAAUGUUGACUAAUCGGGACCGAGAGAUAAGCAGCCUCCGGCGCCAGCUUGAUGCAGCUCACAAAGAACUUGAUGAAGUAGGAAGAUCUAAAGAAAUAUCUUUUAAGGAAAACAGAAGAUUACAAGAUGAUCUGGCUACAAUGGCAAGAGAAAACCAGGAAAUCUCAUUAGAAUUGGAAGCAGCAGUGCAAGAAAAAGAAGAAAUGAAGAGUAGAGUUCAUAAUUACAUAACUGAGGUGUCACGAUGGGAGAGCUUAAUGGCUGCUAAGGAAAAAGAAAAUCAAGACUUGUUAGAUAGAUUUCAGAUGCUUCAUAACCGUGCUGAAGACUGGGAAGUCAAAGCCCAUCAAGCUGAGGGAGAAAGCAGCUCAGUUCGACUGGAGCUUCUUUCUAUUGACACGGAGAGGAGACACCUUCGAGAAAGAGUGGAUCUGUUAGAAAAAGAAAUUCAGGAGCACAUAAAUGCCCAUCAUGCAUAUGAAUCUCAGAUCUCAUCAAUGGCAAAAGCCAUAUCCAGGUUAGAAGGAGAGCUGAGACAUCAAGAGGAGGAGAAAGCAGCUGUACUAAAUGAUUUGUCGUCCCUCAGAGAACUUUGCAUUAAGCUUGACUCAGGCAAAGAUAUUAUGACCCAACAGUUGAAUUCCAAAAACCUUGAGUUUGAGAGGGUUGUGGUGGAAUUAGAAAAUGUAAAAUCAGAAUCAGAGCUGUUAAAAAAACAACUGUCAAGUGAGAGACAUACAAUUAAAAACCUUGAAUCAUUGUUGGCUACAAAUAGAGAUAAAGAAUUUCAUUCUCAUUUAACCUCCCAUGAGAAGGAUACAGAAAUUCAGCUACUUAAAGAGAAGUUAACCCUUUCAGAAAGCAAAUUAACUAGUCAAAGCCGGGAAAACACCAUGCUUCGGGCUAAAGUGGCACAAUUACAAACAGAUCAUGAUGCUCUGAAAAGGCAGAUUUCAACUGAAAGAUAUGAACGAGAACGAGCAAUCCAAGAGAUGCGUCGACAUGGUCUUCCCACACCACCUCUUAGUUCUACUCUGAGGUCUCCUUUACAGUCUCCUGAACAUAUAAACUGAUAGUUAUCAGAAAGAAUGAUGACUUGCAAUGAGUUGGCUAUCUGGACUUUUAAAAGACAGAACAGUAAUGAAAUAGUUGAAGCACUUGUUCCUGAAAAUCAUGAACAUUGACACAAAUUCUACCUCUGUCAACUUUUAUUUAAAUCAGUGAAUGUUUAUGUGAAAUAUUUGGUUUAAAAGAGCUGUAUGUGUAUAUUUUCAUAUAUAUAACAGAACAAAAUAUGUAUUAAUAGUGCUAACGGAUGUUAUGUCUGUAUUUUUAUUAUUCCUGACUUAAAUUACUCUUCAAAGUGUGUUUAUACUGUGAAUUAAUGUAAUGUAUUGUUCACAUUAUGCUUUAAUAAUCUUUUUCUUAAUGAGCCAUGAUAUAUGUAUGUAAAUAUUCUUACAGUACUUGUUUUUAAAGUGUUCUUAGUUUUCAUGCCUGUUUUUAUAACCCAUACCUUUUACACAUUCACAAAGGAUUAUCAACUUUGAUGCUAUGCUGUCACGCUUAAUGUUUUUCUUCUAAAUGUAAAAUUAAUUAUUCACCAAUUUGCUGUCUGUCCUCAGGGGAAUAUGUUCAGGUCUAUUCUUGUAAUAGGAGAGGUCUCGAUAAAAUAAUAAUUACCGUUACUGUAUAUAGUUUGUUAUUGCCAACUAGAAGAACUGUGAUGGGAAAGAUACAUUUAUAUAUUAUAUACAAUAUUAUAUUAUUUUGGCUAUCACAUGGACUCUUCACAUAAUACAAAUACUAUCAAAAUCAAACUAAAGCUAUAUUCAGAAUUUUGUAAAUCAGUAGAACAGAAAUUAGGGACAAUUUUUCAGUAAAUAAAGUUUCUGACUGUAUUAAUCUAAAAUUUCAGACUAUAAAAAGUAUGUGGGGUAAGUAUAGUAAAACACUUCAUUAAAAUUCCAGUAUACAUUCAGUAAUAUCAGUUUUUUGCUUCUAAACCUGUAUGUUGUAAUUUAUCAGUCUUCCUGAAUAGUAUAUAAACACUGAACUGUGGGAUAUUAAAUAGAAAACAGCUUUUUACAAUUAAUUUUCAAAGUUGUAAUUUUAAAGAAUUUAGAUAUAUACAUAUAUUAAUAAAAGAACAGAAGUACGAAAAUAGAAUGUCAGAUACAAAAACUAAUCGUGUUUGAACCAUAUACAUUUAAAGAAAAUCCUGUUCUUAAUAGAUUUCAUUAUGAUUGAGAAAGAACUUAAAAACUAACGUAGGAAAGAGGAAAACCAAUUAUUUAUGAUACAUUUUGUUUCCUCCUGUGGUUUAAUGAAGUGGAGUUUUCGUGUGUGUAUCUUUGUGGGUGCCUGGGGGUGGACAGUGCUCUUUCUAAAACUAAUGUGCCUUAUAUGUUCGGAUUAUGCCUUUUGCAAUAAUUUAGUGUAUAUUUGGUGUGAUGUGGCUUUUCCACCAUCUUUGUAAUUUUAUGUAUUCCAUCUCCUUUGUGUGAAUUCAUGUAUUAUAGCAAAAUACAAGAGAAAUGGAACUAUUUGCAAUGUCAUAUGGAAAAUCUCUUAAUAAACAUGUAAAUAAAAUAAAAAGUAUUUGUCCCCACCUUUUCCCCCAAAGCAACAGCAAGACAUAUUUUGUUAGAUAUUUUGUUUAAUGUUUUCUAUAAUUAAAAAAUGUAUAGCUUGCCAUCAUUGUUAUUUUCAUAACCAUGAUACUACAAUUUUUUUAAAUUAGUUUUAUCUUAAAAUACUGAAUGUUCUGACCUUUUAUAGAUGUUUUUAAUUUGUUUUAAAUAAUUUUAAAUUAUGGAGCUUGACAUAGAUUU